GGACCCAGAAGCGCUCAACAAAUGGAAUGUUAAGAAAGGCGGAGCAAAGGAAAGAGAGAAAAGAAGGACGCAGAAGAAGAAGAAGACCCGCACCUUUCCCAUUUCUGGUUCCAGCCCCUGAAUGCUUUCUGAGUGUUGCUGCAUCCUCCUGCUAUCUCAUAUUAGAAGUAUAUUGGCUACGACACAACAGAUGUGGCCUUUAUAUGUUCUCUUGAGUAAGUUUUCAAGGACAGAAGAACAAUACUCUCAAGGAUCUGAAAGGGAUCAUUUAAGCUUGGUAGAGUCCUUCCUUUGUAAACGAUCAGUUGGCACAAACAAAUGCCACAAUACAGUCCUCUCAUGUUCGUACUUUUGUGAAGUUCCACAUAUUAACCAGUUACAUUCAUGGGACUGUGGUCUUGCUUGUGUUUUAAUGGUUUUGAGGACUCUCGGUAUGGAUUAUGAUAUGCAAGAACUUGAAGAGCUUUGCUGCACUACAAGUAUUUGGACUGUUGAUCUGGCAUAUUUGUUGCAGAAAUUUUCUGUCAAAUUUUCCUACUUUACAGUCACAUUAGGAGCAAAUCCAAGUUUCUGCGUGGAGACAUUUUACAAGGAGCAAUUGUCUAAUGAUCUGGUUCGAGUUGAUAUGCUAUUCCAAAAGGCACGUGAUGCUGGUAUCAAUAUAGAGUGCAGAUCGAUUAGCAGUGAAGAGAUUUCUUCAUUGAUCAUGUCUGGGAAAUUCAUCGCGAUUGCUUUAGUUGACCAGUACAAGUUAAGUCACUCUUGGCUGGAAGAUAUUGGUAUAUCAGACUUCUGCAAUGACAGCCCAGGCUAUACUGGUCACUAUGUUGUCAUCUGUGGAUAUGAUGCUGAUACAGAUGAGUUUGAGAUUCGUGAUCCUGCCAGUUCAAGGAAGCAUGAAAAGGUCACCUCAAGGUGUUUAGAAGGGGCCCGCAAAUCAUUUGGAACUGAUGAGGAUCUUUUACUGAUCCGUUUACAGAAGGAAGAGACUGAAAGCAGCCCUUUGUGAUCGUUUAUUGAUUUCUGUGCAUGAAUGAUUGUUUCUCUAUGACUUUGUCCUUGCCGCUUAUUGCCCAUAUUGGGUAUUCUUUAGCUGUAUGUAUAUUAUGUACAUCAAGGCUGUAGUAGUAUCAUGAAUUUCGUUUCCUUGUAAAUUUUGUAUAUUAUGUACAUUCAGGCAAUAGUAUCAUGGUAGUGCACGAGAAGUCGUAUCAUUGGUACCUCAUGAAAUUAUUAUCAAAUCCAGAAAGUUACUAAUAAAUGGUGAAGCUUUCCUUA